UUACAUAUCAAGACAUGAAGUACAGACUUCACACUUCUUGCAUAUCUCAUGUUAGCUUAUUAUAUGUUAGCUUAUAUUUUAGAUAUUCUUAUUUUUAAAUUUAACAACAGUGUGUAUUGUUUGCAAGCAGAUUUGUAGAAGAAAUAAAUUUUCAAGACAAUGUGUGAGCCUAUGUUACAUGGUGAGAAUGAAGAGAGUGGUCUGAGACAUUAUUGUGGUGUGUUUGGUGCUGUAGCUAUAGAACCAUGGCCCACAGAAUUAGACAUACCACAUAUCAUUACACUCGGUCUUGUCGGUUUACAACACAGAGGACAAGAAAGUGCUGGUAUUGUUACAACUACCGGUGAAGAAGGUCGGUUUAUAACAAAGAAAGGAAUGGGUCUGGUGGAACAAAUCUUUAAAAACGAAGAUAUGAUUAGAUUAAAAGGAAAUAUGGGAAUAGGUCACACUCGUUACUCUACAAUGGGAGGAUCUGAAUUAAUCAAUAUACAACCCUUUGUUGUUAAUACGGCCCAUGGUAAAAUAGCUGUAGCACAUAAUGGUGAAAUAGUUAAUGCACCAGAACUCAGACACAAGUUAUUAAAGAGUGGUGUUGGAUUGUCCACAGAUUCUGAUAGCGAAUUAAUAACACAGUUUCUAACACAUCCUCCAUCUUGUGGGGAACCUAAUGGUGCUAACUGGGUCAACAGAAUAAAAUCUAUGAUGAAAGUAGCAACCCUAUCGUAUGCCUUGUUAAUAAUGUAUAAAGAUGUUAUUUAUGCUGUUCGAGAUCCAUUUGGUAACAGACCACUCUCUAUAGGAAAAAUACUGCCCCCUAGUUUUAAAAGUAUGGAUUUGGUACCAGAUGAAAAUGUCGAAGGUUUUGUCGUAGGAUCAGAAACAUGUUCUUUUCACACAAUUGGUGCAAAAUUUUAUAGAGAUGUUUUACCGGGUGAGAUUGUAGAAAUCAGUAAAAGUGGAAUAAAAUCUUGUGGUAUUGUACCUAGACCUAAUGAACAGUUACCGGCCUUCUGUAUAUUUGAAUAUGUUUAUUUUGCAAGGGCUGAUAGUAUUUUUGAAAGUCAGAUGGUGUAUACUGCCAGACAACGAUGUGGUCGACAACUAGCACUAGAGGCACCAGCAGAUGCUGACAUAGUUAGCACUGUUCCUGAAUCAGCCACACCCUCAGCUGUGGAAUAUGCAAAAACAGUUGGGCUUCCAUACACAGAAAUUUUUUCUAAAAAUAGAUAUAUAGGUAGGACCUUUAUCCAGCCCACUACACGAUUAAGACAACUAGGCGUGGCCAAAAAAUUUGGACCAUUAACAGAUAACUUUGAUGGAAAACGAAUUGUUUUAAUAGAUGACUCCAUCGUCAGAGGUAACACCAUGCAAGCCCUUGUUAAAUUAUUGAAAAAAUAUGGUGCAAAAGAGGUACAUGUCAGGGUGGCGUCACCGCCUAUUAAAUACCCAUGUUAUAUGGGUAUCAACAUUCCAACUAAACAAGAAUUAAUAGCCAACAGAAUACCAUUAGAAGAUUUACCUCAACAUUUAUGUGCCGACAGUGUCAAAUAUUUAAGUAUAGAAGGUUUAGUGAAAGCUGUUCAAGAGGGAAUUCAAGACAAUGGCCAGGCAGUAGGACAUUGUACGGCCUGUUUAUCGGGGGAUUAUCCAGUCAAAUUAGACUGGUAAACUAUGUGUAAAGUGUAUUUAAUGAAAAAGACUUGAAGACAGAAGCUAUAUACAUAUAGAUGUGUUUAUAUUAAUGUUUUGUGAAAUUUGUUAUUGUUAGCAGUAUGGGACUAAAUAUAAUUUGCUAACUAAUGGACAUGGCAGCUCAGUUUUUACAACAUCCUAAUGGAAAUAAUUACCUCAAUAGACAAUGCAGGAGGGUAUGAAUCUGAAUGAAAAUAUAAUAUUGUUAAAGACAUGCACGUUACAUGGGAAUUUAAAAAAACCCCAACAAAUAGCAGUGUAGGAGGGUCUGGAGAUGAUGAAAAUAUAAUAUUAUUAAAGACAUAAUACGUAUUAGGUGAAGUCUUUACAUUUGGUUAGUGAAUACAAUAAACUAGAAGUUUAUUUUAUCUCUGUUGUGUUUAAAGUAAAGAUCUUACUAAUAAUAGAAUCCAAGACUGUCACAAAUUAACUGUUUGCUGAAAGUAAUGUCAUCCGAUGAUUAUGGUCUUGUCAUGUUAAAAAAUGUCUAAUUAAUAAUUUAUAAAACAUUUAAGGCCUAAAGACCUGCAAUAGGCAAAUUUAGCUCUUGAAUUAACCAAAUUCCACAAAUUGAACCAUACAAGGUCUAUUAUCUAAUUCAUGUAAAUCCAAAAGUUUGGGUAAUGGUUAGAGGAGAGAAAUGAGGUCAAUUUGAUGCAUAGUUAUUUCCCUUGACCAUGAAUUUUAAAAGGUUAGAUCUAUUUGAUAAGGCCAACAUCAAGUUUGGUCAAAGGUCACGUGAUUUAAACAGGACCAGCGCUAAUCCCAACCCUAACCCUAAUCCUGGACCUAUUCCCAAUGCUAACCCUAACCUACAAUCUCGCCAACAAUCACGUGUCCUAACCUUAUUUACAUCUCCGCGACCUUGAAGAAAAUUGAGCUGGCCUUAAAUAGUUUUAGCCACUUGAAAACCACCCAUUAAAAUGUUGUAUACAAUGCUAAAAAUAGACCAAGUUAAACCAUUACCAAAAUAAUUAAUACUCAAACAACAUACCCAUUGCAGAUUCUGUAAUGUCUGUCAUAAUUUAGUCGGAGCAGAACAGUAAGAUGUUAAACCCCAUUUCAUUUCUGUCAGUGUUGUUUACAUUUAAACCAAUGUAUCAAGUUAAACCAUGAACCAAAUAAUUAAUGCUCAGCCAACAUACCCAUGGCAGUAUUGUAUUGUAAAUAAACUGUUUACUUUUGUAUAAAAUUAUCUAAACUUGU